GCCAAAGCCCCUCCCCUCCCUCCGCCCUGACAGGAACCAAGAAGAGGAGCUCCAAACCGGCGCACAUGAGACGCAACAUCAGGAAGCUACUGAGGGAUCAUCAGUUGGAGGCAGUGACCAAAGCCGUCCAGCAGGAGGAGCUGGAGAGGAGGCGACGUCUCGACCAGCAGAGAAAACAGGAUUUCCCCGUACCGCUGCUGCCUGAGUACACGACCGGCGAAGCGACGAAGCACGUGUCUUCGUCAUCAGCAUCAACGGCGUCACAGCAAGACGUGAAGUCGGCCAGACAGGAAGUGAUCUGCCUGGACUCCAGCAGCACGGGCAUCAGCGACGACGCUGGCAAGACAAACGUACCCACCUCCAUCACUACAGAGCGCAGACGCAAAACAGAUGUGAUCGACCUGAGCUCGGGCGAGGACGACGCCACCGUCCACAUCAGCAGCGAGUCCACCAACGAGGAAGAAGAGAGCGAGCCGAGCGGCGCACACGCCAACGACGCCCUCAACCGACCGGACGCCCGGGGCCGCGUGCUGGUCAACCUGAACCACCCGGACGAGGAGACGGACGUCUUCCUGUCGCCGCAGCUGGCACGAGCCGUCAAACCUCACCAGAUCGGUGGAAUCCGUUUCCUGUACGACAACCUGGUGGAGUCGACGGAGCGCUUCAGCAGCAGCAGCGGCUUCGGCUGCAUCCUGGCUCACAGCAUGGGCCUGGGCAAAACGCUGCAGGUCAUCGCCUUCAUCGACGUCCUGUUCAGACACACCCAGGCCCACACCGUGCUCGCCAUCGUACCUGUGAACACGUUGCAGAACUGGCUGUCAGAGUUCAACACCUGGGUCCCGCCCCCGGAGGCGUUACCUGCAGACGCCGACCCCGGACUGGUGACGCCUCGCGCCUUCAAGGUUCACAUCCUCAAUGACGAACACAAGAACACAGCCACCCGGGCCAAGGUGGUGGAGGACUGGGCUCAGGACGGAGGCGUGCUGCUGAUGGGCUACGAGAUGUACCGCCUGCUGUCGCUGAAGAAGAGCUUCGUGGCCGGGAGGAAGAAGAAGAGCAAGAAAACGGCCGGACCCGUCGUCAUCGACCUGGACGAAGAGGACCGACAGCAGGAACUGCUCAAAGGUAUCGAGAGGGCCCUGGCCCGACCCGGUCCAGAUGUGGUGAUCUGUGACGAAGGCCAUCGCAUCAAGAACUGUCACGCCAGCACGUCGCAGGCUCUGAAGAACAUCCGGACUCGCCGCCGCGUGGUCCUGACCGGAUACCCGCUGCAGAACAACCUGAUCGAGUACUGGUGCAUGGUGGACUUCGUCCGGCCCGACUUCCUGGGUACGCGGCAGGAGUUCAGUAACAUGUUCGAGCGUCCCAUUCUGAACGGGCAGUGUGUGGACAGCACGCCGCAGGACGUCCAGCUGAUGAGGUACCGGAGCCACGUCCUGCACAGUCUGCUGGAGGGCUUCGUUCAGAGACGAGGCCACGACGUCCUCAAGGACCAGCUGCCGUCGAAGGAGGAGCAUGUGAUCCUGGUCCGCCUGUCGCCGCUGCAGAGGGCGCUCUACACCGAGUUCAUGAACCGCUUCAGAGAGGCGGGAAACACCGGCUGGCUCAGCCUCAACCCGCUGAAGGCGUUCUGUGUCUGCUGCAAGAUCUGGAACCACCCGGACAUUCUGUACGAGGCCUUGCAGAAGGAAAACCUGGCGAGCGACCAGGACCUGGACCUGGAUGACAUGACCUCCACGGGACCCGCCCGAUGUCCGACCGCACCCAAUCAGAAGUCCAAGCCCCUGGAGAACCCCACCCCCAUUGGUGGACUGAGUCUCAACCAGCUGCAGGAGAAAGCCAAUCAGGUCAUCACGUACGAAUGGGCGAAGGACAUCAUGUGCGACUACAAACCCGGCAUCCUGGAGAACUCUGCGAAGAUGGUGAUGCUGUUCCACCUGAUAGAGGAGAGCGUGAGGAAGGGAGACAAGCUGCUCGUCUUCAGUCAGAGUUUGUCCACGCUGACGGUGAUCGAGGAGUUCUUGGCCAAGAGGGCGGUGCCCCCCUCCCCCAACACGUCCAACAGAGACAGACCCAAUCAGAACUGGGUCCGCAACCUCAACUACUACAGACUGGACGGAAGCACCACGGCCUCAGAGAGAGAGAGACUGAUCAACCAGUUCAACGAUCCAUCCAACACCUCCGCCUGGGUCUUCCUGCUGUCGACCAGGGCCGGUUGUCUGGGCGUGAACCUGAUCGGGGCGAACCGCGUGGUGGUGUUCGACGCCUCCUGGAACCCGUGUCACGACGCCCAGGCCGUGUGCCGCGUCUACCGCUACGGUCAGAGGAAGCCGUGUCACAUCUACCGACUGGUGUGUGACUUCACGCUGGAGAAGAAGAUCUACGACCGCCAGAUUUCCAAACAGGGGAUGUCAGACCGGGUGGUGGACGACCUGAACCCUGUGCUGACCUUCACCCGGAGGGAGGUGGAGUCUCUUCUUCACUUCGUGGAGGAGGAGCCGGACCCCUCCCAGGUCCAGCUGCAGCCCCAGGACGGCACGGAGAGCGUCCUCAGGAAGGCGCUGCACCUCUACCCUCACCUGAUCACCAAGCAACCGUUCCCCCACGAGUCGCUGCUGAUGGACCGCAGGGAGCUGAAGCUGAGCAGCGCCGAGAAGUCGGCUGCUAAGAAAGGUUACGAGGAGGAGAAGAGGGCGUCGGUGCCGUACACCCGCCCCUCCUACGCCCACUACUACCCUGCCAGUGACCAGAGCCUCACCAACAUCCCCGCCUUCAGCCAGAGGAACUGGCGUCCCCCCCCCCGUGCUGAGGAGAAGCCGGUGGCCAGCGUCCGGACGGUCCAGUCAACCCCGGUUCCCAUGAUGCCCCGCCAGGCGUCUGCAGGCUCCGCCCCCGGCAACAAUUCAUCCGGAUCCAGCCUCGGAGGAUUCCCGGUCAACUGUCUGCAAAAGGCCGGAGUGUUUGUGCAGAAGAUCGUCACGACGACUGACAUCGUGAUUCCAGGCACCAACAGUUCAACAGAUGUGCAGGCGAGGAUCACAGCUGGAGAGAGCAUCCACGUCAUCAGGGGCACCAAAGGGACUUACAUCAGAACAUCUGACGGUCGGAUCUUUGCCAUCAGAGCAGCUAAUAAGGCCAAGACGGCAGAGGAGAGCUCGACGGCGCCGCCCAAAGACUCGCAGGCUCCACCUCUGGAGGCUUUAACCAAUGGCAGUGACACUUGUCCGUCACCUGACAAGAAGCAGAGCGUGCCCCGCCCUCUUUCACCCGACAGCCCAGAGAUCAUCAACGAGCUGCAGCGCUACACAGCAGCAACAGGAGCCGGUGCCGCCACAACUCAACCUGCGGCGGCGGCGAGCACCGAGAACAACCUGCCUUCCACCAAACUCCUUCAGACCAACGGCGGCGGCAGCAGGAGCGGUUGGAGCCACCAUGACGCCUCUGUGACGGUCCAGCCCAGCUCUGACCCCACGGCCCCCCAGGACCUGAGAACCGGCUCUAAGCGCAGAGCCCCCAGCCCGGCGGUGGAGGAGCGUCCCAUCAAGCAGCCGUCUGCGGGAAAACACUCCUCGACUCCUCUGGCCCCCCCAGGCUUCCCCUUCCCCGGGGGCUACGGCCUCCCCCCGCUGGGCCUCAACCCCACCAUGCUGAGCGGGUCACUUGGGCACCCACUGUUUGCGGGGGCGGGUUCGCCUUAUUUCCAGCCCCCCCACGCUCAGCUGGGGGACCCCGGGUACAUGUAUGCAGACCUGUUUGGCCUGGGCGGAGCCGGCGCUGUCCCCGCCUCCUCUUCCGCCACCUCAUCAACGACGACCACCGCUACUGCCGUCUCAUCUUCUUCUCCAUCCUCCUCUUCCUCAUCAGUCAAAGCCGCCAGUCUGGUUCCAGGCGCCCUGCCGCCCUUCAUGCUGAGCCCCAGCAUGGCGGGCAUGGCCGGGAUGCUCCCCCCAGGCUUCCCCCUCUCCUACAGUCAGUCUCUGGCGAGCCUCUACACGGGGUCCAUGCUGCCGGGGGGGCUGCCAGGACCGGCUGCCACUCCCGGUCCGGCCGGAGCCAGCUUCCUGUCCCAGUAUCCUCCCACCGCCGCCUCCAGCUCCUCCUCGUCCUCCCCUUCCUCCUUCUCCCCGUCGACGCGCUCUGACGGCCACCGCGGCCCGGUUCUGAUGAACGGCGGGAACAUGAGCGGCGCCAGCAGCUCGGACGACGACGACGACGACGAUGUCAUCGAGGUGAGGGGACAGUGACAGGUGAAUCACGAGGCUGCUUGAUUCAAUUUAACGAUCGUCACAGUAGGACGGCGUCCUGUCUGUCAGGAGUCACACGACCCGAGGCGUCGCCAGGGAAACCGACUACAGACAUUAAACGUGAUGACGACUGAGCCCCCGAAGCGUCUCGUCUGUUCUGCCGUGGAGAAACAGUGUGAACACAGAGCGACUCGGUGCGAAGAAGAAACAUGAGGAAGUAAAAAGCAGCAGAGAGACGAGGACGAGAGUCGAGGACUUUGGGCUUCCAAGUUUGUUUGUUUGUUUGUUCGAUACUGGCAUUGAUACUAAUCACUGGACUGAGUCCUGCUGAUCGUGGGCCUGCAGUGACCGCACACGGCCACUAGUUGUACUGUUGACUUUAGAGAUUCUAGUUCUGCAGCUUUGCUAAUUGUCCAGACUCCUUUGCUUUAUUCAGCCAAUUAACUGACGACGUCAGGACGAAAAAAAAAAAAAAAAAAAAGGUUUGAUAGUGAAAUUAGCAGGUAGAAACGUUUGUUAAAUAUCAGUAACUGAAAUGGUUUUGUUUGUCACUUGUCAAAUAUUGCUACUGAAUAUUUCUUCAAAUGGUUAAAGGUUCAAAGUUCAAACAGACGUUUUAGAAAAAGCAUUUUGAUUGAAGUUAAUGAUUCACUGCCAGGACAGGGGUAAUGUAGAAACAAAACAAAAAAAAAAAAAGAAAGGGUCUUCUGGGGAUCUUGAAUUAUUGAAGAAGCAUUUGAGGCUCAUUGAGGACGAGGUGAAAACCUUAAGGCUCUAAUGACAGAAUGUAUGCUCAAUCAAAUGCCUUUAAACCAGGCCUUUCUCAAAAGAAUCCUCUUUAGGCGUCAGACGUGGGAAGAUCUGAUUUUUUCUUUUCUUUUUUUUUGUGUGUGUGUAUUUUCUAUUUAUGUAAUCUCUUUUACUUUUUAAAGAAAAAACGAUUGCCUAAAAACAACCAGGUGAAAAUGAGAAAAAAACAAACUGUGUUCCAGUGAGGUGUCGUCCUCGUAGCGGAGAAACUACCAACAGAAAAUGCCUUUUUGCCUCCAUCUUUCUGAAUGUUAGCUGUGAGAGAGGAGAGGUGAAGACAGACGGACUCUCUGAAUCUCACCCACAGUCUUACUGUAGCCUAGAGACAAACGAUGCAAAACACUCACUCAAGCCUAUAUAUGUGUUCGUACAAACCCCGCAGGAAUUGAGCUCGCGACCCCCCCGAGUUUUGGUUUCGCUUGUGUGGUUGUUUCUGUCCGUGUCUGUGCGUCGUGUCGUUCAGGGUUCAAAAGGAAUCGUUUAAAGAAAAUCAGUAAAUAGAAACUUGUUGCUCGGUUCGUUGUGACACAGACUCCACCGCUGUUGUUCUUUCUCUGUCUCAUAUUUUGUGAACAGAGGUCGUGUUGUGAAACCAAACUGAUUCUCUUUCUUUCUUCUUUUUCUUUUGGAGAGACGGUGUAGCUUUGCCAAAACGAGAAAUCACACGAGCACAUCAACAAGCCUCCGCAGGAGAGGGUCGUGUCUUAAAGAGACCAAAUAACGAAAUUAAAAUCCGCCUCAGCACGAGACGCACAUAUCCACCUCUCUGUCUGAGCUGCAGGUGGCGCUGUUCACCGCACUGCACUGUAAAAGAGACAUACAUCUGUAGACGACAAGCUUCAUCAUGUGACCAAGUUCCCUUCAGAUAAACCACAAACCAUCGUUCUGCUGUUCCGAUCGAUCACAAACCGAUCGAUCGCGAUCGGCUCUGUCCUCCUGUAGAAAAUCUUCUCCUCCAAAAAAAGAAAAAUGGCCGCCGCCCGAGCUUUAAAAAGCAGCAGCUCUGUGGACGAAGCGUUUCCUG